UUAAAAGAAUAAUGGUCGAAACUAUAGAAAAUAAAAAGGAAAUUAUUAGAUAUUCGAUUAAUCUUAUAUGGGAGGCUACUAAGGGAGGAGUUAGGAAAAUUGUUUUCAAUGAUGCAUCGUGCUCAGCAACCAUUUUCUUAACUGACAGCACUAAAGAUAUUGAAAAUUUGGACACUCCUGGAGUGGUUCUUAUUUCUGAAGAGAUUUAUCGAAAAAUAAUCAAUAAUCUAGCUAAUAUAAAGGGGAAAGAAUCUAUUACUAAUGAAGAUGAUCCAGGUAGCGAUAGACUAUCAGAAAUCAAUGUUGAUGCUCAAACAAAUGAAAACAAUACAUUAAAUUUGGAAAAAGACCAAUGGGCUAAAAGUAGUCAUAUGAAUGAUUAUUUUAAAAUCUCGAAAUGA